GAAGCAGACUUCGAGCUCAGAGGGAGAGACGAGAGAGGAUGGAAGAGAGAAAAUGGCAACGAUGGUUUGUAGGGCAGGCUUUUUGCUAAGAGGUGGGAGGUGAAGGAAAGACAGAUAACAGGCAAAAAGACAGAAAAAGAGCAAAAGAAAGUGAGAACAAAUAGAAGGGAAACAGGAGGUGAAGAGAGUUACAGAGGAAAAGAGAGCAACAGAAGCAGCUAAAGGUUGACGUGUUACCAUGACAACAGAAGCGGGCUCUGAGACAGAGGUGAAGGAGAAAGCAGAGGAGUCAGCCGCUCAGCCAGAGCAGUCGGAGAAGUCUGCAGAAGAAACCAAGGAAGUAACCAACGCUGAGGGAGAGGAGAAGAAGGAAGAGAAGGAGAAAGAGGGGAAAGAGGGGAAGGGAAUAGCUCGCUACCUGCCAACAUGGCUUAAGAAGCAGAAGUCUCAGAGCCAGACCUCCCCAACUAAGGAGGUCCCACCUGCAGAGGAAGCUGUUAGCAAGGUGACACAGGAAGAGGACGGGCCUGCCCCAGAGGUGAACGGUCACGCAGAGGAAGUAGAAGAGAAGGAGGCAGUCAAGUCGGAGGAAGUCAAGGAAAAAGAAGCUGAGUCUCAAUCCACCACCAGUGCAGACACUGAGCCUGCCAAAGAGGAGAAAGUGGAAGAGACUGCUGAGAAAAGUCCUGAAGAGGCAACCGUGACAACAGAGGGAGAGGGAGCAGAGGAGCAGAAGAAGGAGCAGGAAGAAAAGGUGGAAGGUGAAGAAGAGGGAGGAGGAGGAGGAGGACAGACCUCGAUUUUCCAGUCUCCUCUGCGUCUGGUGAGGAAGAACAAGAUGAAGCUGGUGGUGUGUCAUGUGACCCUCCUGGACGGGACCGACUUCUCCUGCGAGGUCGAGAAGCGUGCCAAGGGCCAGUACCUGUUCUUUAAGGUGUGUGAGCACCUGAACCUAAUGGAGAAAGACUACUUUGGACUCACAUACGUGGACAACCAUGAACAGAAGUGUUGGUUGGAUCCCACCAAGGAAAUCAAGAGACAGAUACGCAGCAACAACUGGCAGUUUGCAUUCAACGUCAAGUUCUACCCUCCCGACCCCUCACUGCUCACUGAAGACAUUACCAGGUACCUGUUGUGUCUGCAGCUCCGUGAAGAUGUGGCUUCUGGACGGCUGCCUUGCUCAUUUGUCACUCACGCUCUGCUGGGGUCAUACACACUGCAGGCAGAAUUCGGUGACUAUGAACCCGACCAGCCUCGGCUUCUGGACGUCAGUCAGCUGACCUUUGCGCCCAAUCAGAACAAAGAGAUGGAGGAGAAGAUUCUUGAGCUCCACAAAUCUCACAGGGGAAUGACACCAGCACAGGCUGAUGCCCAGUUUCUAGAAAAUGCCAAGAAGCUGUCCAUGUACGGGGUGGACCUGCACCAUGCUAAGGACUCUGAGGGCGUGGACAUCAUGCUGGGUGUGUGCGCCAACGGGCUCCUGGUUUACAAAGACAGGCUUCGGAUAAAUCGCUUCGCUUGGCCUAAAAUACUCAAGAUCUCAUACAAGAGGAACAACUUCUACAUCAAGAUCAGACCAGGAGAGACGGAGCAGUUUGAGAGCACGGUGGGAUUCAAACUCCAGAAUCAUCGAUCUGCCAAAAGGCUGUGGAAAGUCUGCGUGGAGAAUCACAGUUUCUUCAGGUUAAACGCACCAGAACCUCCCACCAAGGCCCGCUUCUUGACUCUGGGCUCCAAGUUCCGUUACAGCGGGCGAACCCAGGCCCAGACCCGCUUGGCCAGCUCCCUCAUAGACCGACCUGCACCCAGCUUUGAACGCACCUCAUCCAAACGUAUCAGCCGCAGUCUGGACGGAGCACCAGUGAUCAGCAUAACUGAAGCCACAUCUGAGAACGGACGUGAGCCCCACCUGGAGCUCCACUCUGACUCUAAGGUUAAGGAGGUGGACUUAAGCCCUGGUGAUGCUGAAGCCACGCCCACCCAGCAGUCACCUGGAGCCAGUGAGCUCGCCCCCUCUCAGGACCAUGAUAAGACCCAAGAAGACGUUCUCAAACACCAAGCUAGCAUUAGCCAGCUUAAACGCUCCUUUAUGGAGGCGCCACCUCCCUCUCCUCCUCAACCCAACCAGUGGGAGAAACGUCUCACCUCCUCUCCCGCUACAACGAUACGUAUCCAACAGCAACAGCAAGUGGAGAGCACGCCCCAAACGGAAGCAGCUGCUGCCGAUAACACGAUCUCUGAUACCAAAGAACCUGCAAAGACAACCGAAGUUGAAAUCGAGGAAACCGUUGUCGUCCAAGAGGUUUCUGUAGCACCCAAACCUGGACUUGUCACGGUCACAGCCAGCUCCCCUGCUGGCCCACCCGCAGAGCAGGAAACAAGAGAGCAGGAAGUGACGGUUGCAGAGGAAGUAGUGGUAGCGGAGGAAGGGAAAGCGGCGAAGCAGGAGAGCAUUUCAUCCGAGAGUGAGAGUGAAGAGGAAGCAGAGUACCAUCCAAAUGUGUCCGUAUCCAUCUGCCACACAAAAAUACCAGAGGAGAAGGAAGAGGAGGAAGAGCAGGAGGAGAAAGAGGAGGGUAAGACGGCGGAGCAGGACAUGACAGUUCCAGACGCUCCUUCCCUUCCAGCUGAAAUCAGCCAACCUGUAGAGGCAACCAGUCUAGAGGCAGAGGAGUCCAGGAAAGAGGAGGCAGAGAAGAAGGAGAGCACAGAGGAGAAGAAAGAAGCUGAAAGGGAGAUGGAGGAAAGCACAGAUGAUCCAAUGGUGACACCUGAGGAAGCUCCUAAUGGUCACACCCUGCCUGAGGAGAGCGUCACCGGCACGGUUGCCCCUGCAGAGGAAGAGGAAGAGCCUAAAAUGAACGGAGAGGCUUCUCUGGUUGAAGCAGAGCCACGGCCGCAGGUUAUUUGUUGCUCUGAGCCACCUGUGGUAAAGACAGAAAUGGUGACUAUAUCAGACACGUUUGCAGCCCAGAAAACUGAGAUAGCUACAAAAGAAGUGCCCAUCGUACAUACGGAAACCAAGACCAUCACAUACGAAGCUGCACAGUUGGAUGGUAACGGCGAUGGCGAGCCUGGAGUGUUGAUGACUGCUCAGACAAUCACCUCUGAAUCUCUGUGUACUACCACAACCACACACAUUACCAAGACGUUAAAGGGCGGCCUAUCAGAGACAAGGAUCGAGAAACGUAUUGUCAUCACCGGGGACUGUGACAUCGACCACGACCAGGCACUGGCCCAGGCCAUAAAGGAGGCCAAAGAGCAACAUCCUGACAUGUCUGUUACCAGAGUGGUGGUUCAUAAAGAAACUGAACUGGCUGAGGAGGAGGAUUGACUGAACUCAGAGCUGAAGAGCCCAUCGUGAGUGUUAUUUCUGUUGAACGACCUCCAUCACCCUACGACAACCGACCUUGACUGACUGAAGAGGAGAGGAGCUGAAAGCAGAAGGAGAAGAAGGGGAGAAAGGGGGGAGCAGACAGAUGAAGAGAAGUUGCCAAUCUCUUCCCAGUCGGUUUUUUUCUUACAUGUCUGUGAUGCGUUUAAAUCCCUCACUCCAAAACCAAGUAAAGGAAAACAUCCUCGUAUUUCUGCGGGGACAAAAAAGAACCACUUUGUUAGCUUAACAUUUGUAGCGUGUUUUUAUUUUUUAAUAGUGCUUUUUUUUUUUUCUUUAACUGUUUUACAAAAAGAGAGAUAGUGUGUAUGUCACGUAUUGAAAACGUAAAAGCUGCGGGAUGCACUGAUAACCACUCCUGAUGAGAUACAAGGCUGAAAAUUAUGAUUAUUGCACUGAUUAUUUCACCAGUAGCAGUGACCUUCAGUAACUAUUCACUUACUCACGAGUCAGAGUAAAGAUAGAUAAAAAGAUAACGACCAUCUCAAACAGAGAACGCUUUUUAUCUUCAUCUUUUUUUGUAAAAUAACGCUGAGGUUUUCAUAUUUUUUGUUCUGUAUCAGCAGUGGGGAGGUGGUAUUGGUGCAUUCCUAAAAAAAAAAAAUUAAUAAAAAAAAGUAAUUUGUUAAAUUACAGCUCCCUCACUUCGUUAUGGAGAAAUAAUAUAACACCGUCAUUUCAAUUUUUUUUUACAGUAACGAGUAGGACUGCAGAAACCAGGAGGACACAACCUCUUUAUGUUUUUUUACUUUUUCAAAGUGUAACAAAAUGAAACAGUCUUACUCAUUAAACACGUUCACAUCAGACGAAUGGGAGCCAUGUCACAUUAUCACAUUAUGUUACUAAACAAUGACAGAACACAGGGAGCUGUAACUUAAAAUAUUGCAGUAAAAAAACAACAAAAAAACAACCAAUCAACCAGGUUUUUGAAUUUUUAUGAUCUGUCUUUUUUUUCUGUAAGUAUAGUUAUGAUUCAUCCACAUUCCUUGUGUGUUGACCGGCGGCUGAGUGAGUUCAUUUUCAGUUCACUUCACUUUGUACUCAGCUCUCAGAAGAAAAGACUGUUCACCCUUUACAGUCGGUGGGAACGGAAGGAAUCUUUAUUGGAUCACAUUAAUUAAGCAGGAGAAGCCAAACGAUGCCGGUGAAUAUAAUUCCUAGUGUUUUACUGUAUUUUAGAAUUCACUUUUACUAAAUGGACUGAAAAUGAGCUGACUUUAAAGCUGGUGUAUACAACUCUCUGUACAGUAAAGAUGAAGGUUAUUAGAUGGGAGCAGUAAUGCAGCUUGUCCUUAGCUAAGCGCUCUCCCUGGGCCCGCCCACUGUACGACACUAGCCAUUCCUGUUGGGUCACAGGGAAGUAAGGGAGCAGUAAACUGACCUUUGAUUGGGAGAGAGGACCAGUAAACUGGAGGAUGACUGGGAGAUAACGGCGGCACUGUGUGGUGCCAACUAACAACUUUGGGAGUGAAAAAAAAAUUGAUGCAUGUUGGCCUCACUCUACGGCAAGUUUCACUCACGUUAUUUUGCAUUCAGCAGCGAGUUAAAGCUGUUUUAAUAUUCUUAGGACAAUACUUAAAGGGUAAGUUUGGUGUUUUUCAACCUUGACUCUUUCCUCCCUUGUUUUUGUGUCUAAGUAACGAAUGGAGACGGAGAGGUUUGAGAUUGGUCCGGUGUUGAGCGAGAGGGCUGCGGUUGGCAGCUGCAAACAGGUUGCAAUGUAACAACAUGGGGCAUACUGUGCGCUGUCAAUGUACGUCCACUAAAAUUGCUUGCUUUUGCCGCUCACAGGCACAGAUUGUUAUUCUGACAGCUCAUGGAAAGGAUCCCCACAGAGAUAGAGCUUUUUGUUAAACCAUAAACAGCCCCAAGAAUCACUCAAGCCAAACCCACCAGACUCCAUUCAGAUAAACAUUUUAGUGUUAAUCACGUUAGCAUGUUCUCACAUCUAAGUGGGAGAAUGAAGGGUUUAUUUCAACCAAACCAGACAAACCAAGACAGGUUUAAAGAGUUUUAUUUUGUAUCUGUUGACUUAAGCUGAAGACACACUGAGGCACGGCGCCCCCUAACUCACACCGGACACAUUGCACUGCAGCUUGUUAACAGACGACUACACAAAGUUAAUUCUACUGAAAGAUCUGUGCCUCUUUCACCUCUGCGUUAGCUUUAAAUCACGUGUGGAGACCCCCGAAUUAAACUUGAUUUCUCACUGAAGAGCGAUGGAGUGAUGACUCACCAGGCAAUAUCUUUUUGGCCACUGUCUUUAAAAUGAUGGGAUCAUGGGUCGUUUAGUUGGGGAUAUUUCUCAACCUCAACAAUCAGUCUCUCGUCAUCCAGUCUUUGUCCCACAGGAGACAGCAGAGAGUUCUCUUUAUGAAUCGAUGGUGAGGAGACAAGCCGAGCUGCCGUAGGAGCAGAGAAAAAGAGCUGCAACAGGAGCCGGUACAUACAAGCCGAGAGUGAGUGGGAAAAAAUGCUUUUAAUUCCGGGGUUGGCGAGGCUGGAAACAGGACAGUGGCGGCGUGUCCAGGAGCGCUGACAGGUGUCUAGCCGCCGUUAGUGUGGGGUGUGCAUUGAAAAUAAUAGGGGCAUAGUUGUUGAUGCAUGGUGUUAACUGCCGGUGUGUUUUGGCCUUUAGAGUAAAGUGUGUUUCACGACAAUGAAAUGACUAUUUAUUAAAAUGGAGUCUUUUGGGGGUUAGUGAUGAUGAUUACAGGUUGAACUAAAAUGAUCUUACACUUCAGCAUAAAGCUCUAUCUCUGUAGGGAUCCUUUCCAUAAGUUGUCAGACACUAUAAUAAUCUGAACCUGUCAGUGGCAAAACAAGCACUUCCAGUGGACAUGAAUUGACGGUGCACAAUUGCCCCAAGCGAUUACAUUGCAGCCUGAUUUGCCGCUGUCUGCUGCAGUGCUCUCACUCAACACUGGACCGGUUUCAAAAGCUGUUGUCUCCAUUCGUCACUCAGGCACCAUAGCAUGGAAAAAAAAGCUCAGGUUGAAAAAUACCAAACGUACCCUUUAACACACAAUCUGCAAUUGAAGCACAGGCACCAAAAUGAGGACAUACAGUCGGAACAAGUUGAAAAGCAGUUCUGUCCCAUAUUCAUAACAACGGAGUUUCUACCAGUUUGCUAACUCUGCAUCAGAGCCUGUUUGUCGUCAUAGCUCAGCACUUAGUUUCACUCCCAGCUUCUUUUCUCAUACCAGAGUAGAUAAUGAGAACAAACCCUGUUAGAUAGAAUGAGAUCUGGGAAUAAAUUCAGCAUGGUUCACACAUUUUUUAUCUUGCAAGAGUAUCUUGAGCGAGUCUAGAUAGAAGGCUACUGUGUUGAUUGGUUUGAGAGUGUGUAGAUAAGAGAUGAUUUGGGCUCAUACAGUACGUCUAGAGGAGAUAAUCUUUGACCUGAUGCUGGCUGCGUUGUAACUGUUUCACCGCAACCAAAUCUUAUCAGCAUUAAAUUGAUUUUUUUAUGUUUUUGAGCUGUUUCAAAAUGCAUUGUAUUCCACACUAUUUUAACAGAAAGCAGGAACAUGAAUCUGCCAGUGAACUACGAACAGACAUGGAAACAGUUACAACACAACAGCCAAAUGCAGCUUAAAGGGAAGCGUGUCUGAGGGUUUGAAGUGCUCUUGAAACCCCUAAAUGGAAUCUCGUGAUGUUUUAUUCAUUGUUUCGGUGUCCUUUUACCCAAAUGUUCCACAAAAAUGUGACUUUGUGUAAAUAUUGGUGGCAUUAAAUGGGUUAGAACAAGAACGCAUUUUAGUCGACACAGAUUUUCAGUGUGAGCUGUGAAAACAAGAACACGGUCUGUUGAGAUUGAACAGAUUGUGAGUGAAGAAGUGCCACAGAUUGAUGAUAAAAAACAUUCCACCUGUACCUGCCUAGAUUUGUCUUAACCCUCCAGUCUGACUGGACCUGAAUGCAGAUUUAAUUGGAGUCAUUUAUUAACACACAAUCUCCACAUUUAAAAUACGUGCCUCUUAAUUUAUCGCCAGUUUAGGACUUCCUGUCUGGCCUGAGGCACGUCCAGAUGAUGGAGCGGUAUCGACCGUCUAGGCUUUUUAUUGGGAAACACUGGUCUGACCUCUACUAUGCAGUUAAAUGACAUUCCAGACGAGAGGAAAGAAAGCUUUAACCUCUAACCCUCUUGCAAAGCAGCAGAAAAACUUUAACAGAUAAAACAGUGCAACACUUGGCAGCUUUGGAAGCUUUUGCUGUUCCAAAAAAAAAAGACAAAAAACAACUUUUAAAAACCAUAUUUGUAGAUUUUCUCAGCAUUUGUCGUCUUUUCUCUGUGAAACCGAUCUAGUCGUUGAAAGGUGGGAUUUAUUGUGCGCCCUCUUGGAUAUUUGUAAUAUUGUCACAGUGUUUUUGACAUUGAAGGAACCACCACUAUAAGUCAAAUUUUUCUGCCACCAUUUCUUUUUUGUACUUUCGGCCCCCCUGUGUUUUCCGGGGGGUCUGGGCUCUGUUUUAACCAAUCACAGGAGCUUUGGGGCGCUGCCAGGUCUGGUUUUCCAAAAAUGUCGGUAGCACGAAAUUUUAUUUGAGGUUAAUCCUAAAGUGCGAUCACACAGGAACAUCUCGCCAUCACUAACUUUGAUUAAAUUUGAAAAAAACAGCGCAGACAAAAUGUUGGAAGCUCUGUUACCAUGGCAACAUAAACAUUCUAAAUGGGCCUCCUUUGUACUUCCUGUUGUGAUGUUUGUUGUUUCAGUAGCUGACAGGAAGUGAACAGAGACCAAAGUGGUUGUCACAGCAACGGAACACCAACUGAUGAUGAUUCUGCGCCAGCUGAUUUUAAGACUGUCAGGGAUGUCAACACCACAGAGGGCGAACACCAUCAAUAUACUGCCGUUAAAUCUAAUUAACAUGUAGCUGUUUGAAAAUGCAGAUAAUAAUAAUUGUGUCUCAGGCUUUGCAGCACAGAUGAGUGACAGUUAAUACCAGCACCUUUUUGUACUUUGACACCCGACAGAAACUUUGUAAAGGAACAUUUUUGGAAAACCGACCCCAGCUGCCUCUUCGCUCCGUCUUUAGCCAACCAAUGAUCACUGGUAGGGUUUUUCUAUCUAGCAGCUUAACUGUCUUGUGUCUCUCCCCACACACAGCCACUCCUCCCCCGUGUAACACUGUUUAAAUAAAGGAUUGUUAUACUCUGA